AUGCUACGCGGCAGUCAUUCAAAUAAUUAAAAACAAAGACAAUAGUUUUCAGUACUUGUCCACACUACGUACACGCUCUUGCAUGCAUGGAGCAAUACGUUAUGGUACAGAUGUAGCAGAAACUCACAAGUAGUUUGUGCCUGCGUUCCUGCAUCGCCGAAGCUUGAACUAAUUAUUUCCACGAAAUGUGGAAAGCCUGGAACCAUGCUCAGGAUGUGAAUUAGUAAACACAUUCACUUUUAUUUGGUCGGAACAAGAGAGAUCCAGUCAUCGGUUGAACUGAAGGCAGCACUAUUUGGCUAGCUCACCAUGAGCGGGCAAAACGAUGUACAAGAUAUUCUCGGAGACACGCGUCCAGAGCAGUCUGCAGCGUCCAUUCCAUCUAAAGAUGCCAUCCUCUCAGCAAGCAAAAAAAAGACUAAGAAGCAGCCCGAGGCUCCGUUCAAGAGGCCCGAGGGCAUGUCCAGAGAGGUGUACGCCCUGUUAUGUAGUGACAACACAAUCCCGCCACAAGUUGUGUCAAGUGACACUACGCAUGGUUACAAGGCGGCCAAGGCCAAGCUAGGGCGAGCCAGCGUGCGCAAGUGGACAUGGAUGCCGUUCAAGAACCCUGCUCGAUCGGAUGGCCUGGUGCUGAACCACUGGCGUCGGGCUGAGGACGAGGGGAAGGAGUAUGCGUUCUCUCGCUUUGACAAGCCGCUAGAGAUUAUCAAGUACUCGGAUGUUGAGUAUGAGCAACACUUGGAGAAGGACCAGCAGUCGGAACCGUCUUGGAACCGUGAAGAGACUGAUCAUCUCUUCGACCUUUGCAGACGAUUUGACCUGCGGUUCUUCGUUGUUCAUGAUCGAUUUGAUCAUGACAAAUACACGCAACGGUCAGUGGAGGAUAUAAAGGAACGAUACUAUGAUGUGUGCAACAAGAUUGAAGCUGCACGGAGCUCAACUUCUGCAACUGGCGCUCCGUUAGUCUGUGCGUAUGAUGCGCAACAUGAAACCCUCAGAAAGCAGCAACUUGAGAAGCUGUAUUCUCGGACUAAGGAGCAGGUCCAAGAGGAGCUAUCACUGCUGGCUGAACUGCGCAAGAUCGAUGCUCGAAGAAAGGAGCGCGAGCGCAAGCAGAUGGAUCUUCACAAGCUGAUGGCAGCUGCAGAAGUUUCCGAACGGAAGUCAGAGAAGAAGAAGAGCAAAAAGAAGGGCUCGCACGUUCCCGCUCCUGGUGCUGGAAAACAAAAGGGCAGUGCUGCCGACGCUUCAAACAGUGCCGUUGGUGUGUUCAAGCCUUUCGACAAAGCAGCCGGAGUCUCACUGCGCAGCUCCAAGAUCAAGCUCUAUCCGACCAGCUUCCCACAACGACGUAGCAAGGUGAUUGAUCAAGUGCUGGAAGAUUUGGGCGUCGGUGUGAAUCCCAUUGCCACGGAGAAGGUCUGUGUUGCGUUCAAUGAACUGAGAAAUCGGAUUGUUCUUUUACUGGAGCUGAAGAAUGCAGCUGACGGGCUUGACUAUGAAAUUCAGUCUUUCAAGCACGAGUAUGAAAUCCUGGUGCAGUCUGGCACCAAAACCCCUACAGAUGCCACUUUGAUGCAGGAGCUUGCUAAGACGCCAAUGAAGAGUGCUACCCUUCAGAUUAUCGACCAGGCCAACAGCAAGGAAGCAGGAACAACAAUGCGUAAGCGCCGGGCUACGUCAUCAAUAGAUGCUGCAGCAAUGCUGAAGCGAAAGAAGACGUAGUAGUAGUAGUAGUGGACCUAGUGGUGGUGGUGGUGGUGGUG